AUGGUCGAAGAGAUUUGCCAUAUCUGCAACGACCGCGCGACCGGCAAGCACUACGGCGCGAUUUCGUGUGAUGGCUGUAAAGGCUUCUUCCGCCGCAGCAUCCGCAAGAAGCGCAGUUAUGCCUGCCGUUUCGAGCACACUUGCGCAGUCGAUAAAAACCACCGGAAUUCCUGCCGGGCCUGUCGACUCCGGAAAUGCUUGAUGGCAGGGAUGAAGUCGAAUGCAAUUCAAAACGAGCGUGACGCCAUUGGAAAGCGGAAGAAGCCGUCGCCAAGUGUCGAUACAGGAGGGGGGCCGGAAAUAAAUGGACUCGGCGAGGAGACGGUCAUCGAGUUGUUGCUGCAGAGCGAGCGCUUGUGUCAACAAUUGAGGAGUAGUGUCAUAAAAAGUACAGAACAGGUAACUUACGACGCUGGAAAAACAAGAUCCGCUUUUGCCGAGCGAUUCCGGCCAGAGGAGCGCCGCGCUUCGAUAGAUGAUAUCGGCAAAUCUAUCCGGCAGCAGCUUCUCCUUCUGGUCGAAUGGGCGAAAAGCCUGCCCCAAUUUCUCGGGCUCAGCGUCAUGGACCAGGCCGUUCUCCUCAAAGCCAACGCCACGCAAAUCAUCGUCCUUGGCGUAGCGUACCGUAGCGUCAGUAUGGAGCUACUCCAGGACGCGAUCUGCCUGGCCAACGAUGCCCUCAUUUCGCGGGAACACGCCGCGCUGGUCGGGGAUAUCAAUUGCGUGGUGCGGCGGAUCCUUGACGAGUUGGUAGUGCCGAUUCGUCGCCUUUCCAUCGAACCUGCCGACUAUGUCGCGCUGAAAGCUAUUGUCUUUUUUAACCCAGUGUCGAAUGACGUGACAGACUACGAGAAAGUAGAUGGUGCACGGCUUGAAUGUCUGGCAGCACUAGAGAAGAGAUGCGCCCGUCUCGAGGAAUGUGGAGCGUUGAGGUGUCGAUUGGGACGGCUUCUCCUGUUACUGCCACCCCUGCAGGCCAUCGCCCAACAAUUGAUUGAAGACGUGCAACUCGCCGCUGUAUUCGGCGUGGCAAAUGUCGACGCAUUAAUGCAAGAGCUAAUCCUACAAGAUGCCUCUGCAAAUAAUGUCAUAACCACCCUCUCCACAACGGCCAACAAUCCACAACCCAUCAAGACCGAAAACCUACCG